CAAGACUCCAAUGAAAGAUAAUCCUCGUUUAUAAUCUCCUACCUUUUGAGUGAAAAGUUUCAACCCGGGUGUCUACCUCACCCGACUCACUAGCGUCAGAAUAUCCCACUUGAAACCCCCCUCCUGGGGCGCGCCAUAAAUGAGGCUUAUUCUUCAACGAAUUUUGCAGCUAGAGUGAUUCUAUCGAGUCAUCAUGUCUUUUGGCUUCUCAGUGGGCGAUAUCAUUCUCUGUUCUCAGAUCGCUUAUCGCCUGUUCUCGUCCGUCACCGACGGGCGCAAGAAGGCCGCUCGUGAUUUGAAAGAGCUCGAGGAUACUCUUUUCGGUCUCUACUGUGCCCUCAACCAUCUCCAAAGAGAUCAUGAAGCCAUUCUAGCGAAGGCCUCUGCCAAAUCUAAGGAGAAUUUAGGGCAAGUGCAUGUGCAGCUGGGGUACAUGAUCAAAUCAUGUCUUGAGACAUUGGAAGAACUUGAUAAUGCCACAGGCCAAUACCGUGAAGCAGCCCCAGAAAUCGCACGUCCUGUGAUUGGCAAUCAGCUCAGUAUCGCUGGACUGCCAUCAUCCCGACCGGCCAAGACGUCAUUGAAGAUUCAAUGGAAGAGGGUACUAUGGGAUCUACGCGGAGAUUCGUUGAGUAAAUAUCGGACGAAGCUGCAAACACAUACCGAUUCUAUCAAUUUACUCUUGAGUACCUUUAUAUGGUCCGCUACUAAUCGCAUUGAGAAAGACAACACACAUCAAUCUGAGAAGCUGGACCAAAUGCUGCAAGAAGCGUCUCGAUUAAACAACAACGCGUUUCAAAUAUUCCAAGCGUUAUAUGCUAACGUGACCACACCACAACUCCAGCCUCCCUUCGGCUCGCAAGGUCCAAAGCAUGAUGGCGGACCAAAGGUGCAAGAAAAGCUAGCUCUACCAGGCCCUAUUCAAGUCCCAGUGGGUGCGCCUGGAUCCGAAAAGUCGGUCUAUGGCUCCAUGCAACUUCCCAAUCCUACGCCCCGAAUUCUCACGGUACUCCCUUUCCGGCCUGCAGCGGCAUCGCAUAAAGCAAAAGUAUCGGUAUCGGAACGCACGAUAGGGCACAGCGGACAGUACCUCAAAUUGCCAGAGAAUAUUCAAUCCAUCAAUGAGUCUCGUCGAGUCGUGGGCGAGAAGCAGCUCGAAGAGCGCAAGCGACAACUCGCUUUCGUUUCAUUGCACCGCCAGCUCCCUGUACCACAGACCUCCCCGCCAAAAAGUGGCACUGCAGCAGUCGACAGAUUGAAUCGUCAGAUUGAGGAUAUCUUCCAAACGCUGACUGUGCCGGAGAUUGAUAGAAUGACAACGAACAAGGACUUACAGACGGACAUUGUCGCUUGGGUAUCCGGACUCGGGGAUAUGUCGGAACAAUUACAUCUAUCUCCUCCAGUGUUUGAGUUUGAUAAGCAGGCGAGGAGCACAAUGAUACGGGAGCUAUCUGAGCUACUUAUCACGUUGAAUCGUCUCAUUGAAGACAGUCAGGGAGGGGUCCGAGGGGUCUUUUACGAUGCUAGCGGAACUCGAAUCGAUCAUGUCUUUGCACAAGUGAGAAGCUUAUCAACUUUCUGUGAGAAAGAGAUUGAAGAAUUUGAGGAUGAAAGGAAAGACUGGAACGAAAAUCACUAGAAUCUAGUUCGUGAUGGGAGGAAGCUGUUCUGAGAUAUUGAGACCCGAGUCCUGCAGUUGGAUCAAAGAAUGAAAAGUUGACUGGAAACAUAGAGCAGCAAACAUAAACCCAGCAACUAGAAGAGAAGCACCUUAAAACUUGCAAUCCCAUCGACUUUCAAAAACAGACUAAAAAACACAAACACUUCCCUCAUAACUUGAGCACUCGUUGCCCACAAAUGACCAAAUCUUGGCAUAGAACUACCUAAAUUGCCAGUAAUAACGGUCACAUUCCUCAGUCGCAAGAACCAUCACCAUCCUCUCCUAUAACUCCAUAAUCCAUAUGUGGCCGAGUCGAGGCCGACACGCACUCUAGCGUGUUACAUACUAUAGCCCUAUCCAAUCGUGAGUUCCUAUCCCUAACUUUCAACAUGUGAAACAUACCGCCCCGUUUCGAUUUCUUGGUCAACGAAUUAUCCUGACUCGGAUAACUGCGUUUAGCGGGGUCACUCGCCCCGCCGCGUCGGCCUGUCGCGGACGCGGAUGCAGUGGGAGGAGCCGACUCAGCCCUAUUAGAUUGCCUCGAGGCUCCAGAACCAGCGCCAGCAUUUCUUCCCGCAGGGUGCAGUGAGAGGCUUGGCUCUCGAUACGGCUCUUGGAAUUCAAGGUGGCCUUUGAAAUAGUUUGAAAGUACGCUCCUUGGCGUUGUCUUUGGCUUUGGCCAGAGAAGGCGAUCGUUCACAGCCCGUAGGUUAUCGGACACGUUGUUUG